AUGAAAAGGAGAAAGGCGGAUCUUGCCGAGAUUCCAACGGAGGAUGCGCCAGCAUUGAAGAGGACUCGUCCGACAGGCGGGACAGUGAAUGCAGCAUUCGGUGCUGAGGAAAACUUGAACAAUCCGAAGUCUACGACGACUGAGGAACUCUCCGAGGCUGGAGAGAGCUUUGAGGUUUCAGAGAUUGAGAAUGGACACAAUGUUGAGGAUGAUGAUCUAGAAAAUGGUGCGCCUGACAAUGAGGCUGAGGUGGCCGGCGCAAGGAAAGCUACACACGGAACUUCAAACAGAGCUUCGGACACAUUCACGACUGGGACAACACCUAGGAAACAGUUGCCUGGGAAGAAGCUCUUCGCAACGCCAGUGAAGACGAGUGCUCAUGGAGUAGAGAACAAUACUCCGAGGAUUGAACGUAAUGCGAAUCGCUCGGCGAGGAGGAAAAGCACAAGGACUCUCAUUGAGAGAACGAUCCUCGGCAACACCAGUGAAAACGAUGAUGAAGAUGAGGAAAUUGCCCAGCAAAUCUACGACUCAGGGGACGAAGGGGUGGGCCAAGACGAAGAUCAGGACAUGGACGAGGCCACUGCUCCAGAGACUCCCUCUAAGAAGGGAAGGAAGAAAGGGAUGAAGUCUCAACGACGCUCUCCGACACCCCCUCAAGACCUCACGGCACACGAGAAAUUCUUCUUCCAAAACCGCGGUGGCAGAGCCAAAACCUCAAACAACACCUUGGCUUCAUUGGCACUCCUUGAUCACGAAGAAUACUUCAGUCACACGCGAAAUUCAAAGGAUCCACAUGCAGAAGAUGUCAAAUUCUUGGAGCAAUUACAUGCAGAGUCCUUCAAUCAAUGGCAUUUUGAGUUGAGUCAAAAUUUUAAUAUCUGCGCGUUUGGCUGGGGUUCCAAAAGAUCUCUCUUGAUGCGAUUCGCAGACCACAUCUACAAGUCACAAACAGAACACUCCAAGGCCAAAAUAGUUGUCGUUAAUGGCUAUGUCAGUAACUUGACCAUUCGAGACGUCUUAAGCACUAUCGCAUCCGCCGUUGCAGAGCGAGGGAUUAAGUUGGGCUCACAUCCUGCUGAAAUGAUUGAAAACCUCAUAGCUUUGCUCGAGGAAGACGAAGAUACAGAUAUAACUCUCAUAAUCCACUCCAUUGACGGAGCUCCGCUUCGGAAGCCUGCUACUCAGACAGUCCUCUCUCGUCUCAGCGCACAUCCUCAAAUCCACCUGGUAGCAUCAGCCGACCAUCCUUCUUUUCCACUUUUGUGGGAUAGUUCACUUCGCUCAGCGUACAACUUCCUAUUUCAUGAUUGCACAACAUUCCAGCCAUACAAUUCUGAAGUCGACGUUGUAGACGAGGUCCACGAAUUACUAGGGAGAAGUGGGAGGAGAGUCGGGGGCAGAGAGGGAGUAAGCUUCGUGCUGAAGAGCUUACCGGAAAAUGCCAAGAACUUAUUCAGAGUGCUAAUAGGAGAGCAACUGGCAGCAAUGGAUGGAUGUCCAGGGGAAUUGCUGGAAGGAGCCGAGGGCGAGGACGGUAUCGAUCCUCAAUUUGGCAACCCUCGACGGGGUGAGGUGGGUGUGGAAUACAGAGUGCUGUAUCAGAAAGCUGUUGAAGAAUUCAUAUGCAGUAAUGAGAUGAAUUUCAGGACCUUACUAAAAGAAUUUCAUGACCAUCAAAUGAUACAGAGUCGAAAAGAUGGUUUGGGGAUCGAAAUUCUUUCUGUGCCAUUUCGGAAGGAGGAGCUUGAGAUUAUUUUGGAAGACAUUGUAUCCUAG